GGCCAACGGGCACACUGAGCUCCUUAUCCAAUAUUUUUGUUGAUCGCCGAGUGGACAGGAGUUUUUCGCAAGGUUGCGUUAAUUGAGUUUUCACCUCAUACACCUCGGGUUACAGUGUUCCCUCUGCCGCGAGACUUUUAUAGCGGGAACCCCGGAUCCAUCAUGUUGUACUGCCCGCCCAACGUGACCCUCAGCGAGGUAUGGACGAAGCAUGGCAUCUCGCACUGCUUCAUGGACACCGUGGGUCCGGCAGUCUACGGUGGAUUCCUUCUCCUCUUCGGCUGCAUCCAGUUGCUGAUGUACCGGAAGUAUGCCACCCGAAUCACGGAUCCCACACAGAUCUCCAAAUCGCGACUGUUCGCCCUGCAGUUGUUCCUCUUGCUUCUGCUCCCAGUGUUGGCAGCACUGCGUUUUCUGAUGAAUGCUCGAAUUUAUCCGGAUAGUGCGGUCUACGGGUAUAUGAUCUUUUCCACUUGCAUUGUUUGCUUUUCGUACCCGUUUAGCAUCUGUUUGAUCCUCAAGGAGCGCUACUACCAGCUGCCCUCGAUGCCAACGCGAGGUCAUGGACUCAUCUUGCUGCUCUUUUGGACACUAGCCUUUAUCAACGAGUCGUUGGCCUUCAUUAAUCUGCGCCAUGAAGACUGGUGGUUCAACCUGAAAACGAACAAGGAUCAAAUUGAAAUGGGCCUGUUUGUAAGCCGCUUCCUUUGCUCGCUGCUCAUCUUUGUUUUGGGCUUGAAGGCACCUGGCAUCAUGGCCCCCUACAAUCCACAUCAACGGUUGGACAACGAAUCCUCCGCAGAAACACAAGGAAGCGUGCCAACGGGAUCGGCUUUCAGGAAUGGUUGGCGCAAGCUGCGCACCGUUUUUCCUUACAUGUGGCCGAAGAAGAAUGUGGCUCUACAGAUAUCCGUCGUUGUUUGCAUUAUACUGCUGCUGGCCGGUCGUGUCAUAAAGCUGUUUUUGCCGAUUUAUCGCAAGAAGUUGGUGGACAGUCUUACCAUUGCACCGAUCAUCUUCCGCUGGGACUUUGUGCUCAUCUACGUGGGGUUAUCCUUCCUCCAAGGAGGCGGAACUGGCAGCAUGGGAUUGUUUAAUAACCUGCGCACCUUCCUCUGGAUUCGGGUUCAGCAGUAUACUACUCGGGCAAUUGAAAUCGACCUCUUCCGGCAUCUUCACCGUCUCUCACUGAGAUGGCACUUGCAACGGAAAACGGGCGAGGUGCUGCGUGUGAUGGAUCGUGGAACUGACUCUAUUAACAACCUACUCAACUACAUUGUCUUCUCCAUUGCGCCCACGAUUCUGGAUCUGCUUGUGGCUGUGGCUUACUUUGUGUACGCCUUUAAUUGGUGGUUUGGCUUGAUCGUUUUUCUCACCAUGUUUCUGUAUAUCGCUUCGACGAUUGCCAUCACCGAAUGGCGCACCAAAUACCAGAGAAGGAUGAAUCUGGCGGACAACGAGCAGCGAGCUCGCAGUGUGGACUCGCUGCUGAACUUCGAAACUGUUAAGUAUUACGGAGCGGAACAGUGGGAGGUGCGCUGUUACGAGGAGGCUAUUCAAAAGUACCAAAAGGAGGAGUUCCUUUCCAUGCUAACCCUUAACAUGCUGAACACCGCCCAGAACAUAAUCCUGUGUCUUGGCCUGCUUGCCGGAUCGCUGCUCUGUGUUUACCUGGUGGUCCAUCACCAAACACUCACCGUGGGCGACUUUGUGCUCUUCUCCACCUACCUCAUGGAGUUGUAUAUGCCUCUUAAUUGGUUUGGCACCUAUUACCGCGCCAUCCAGAAGAACUUCGUGGACAUGGAGAAUAUGUUCGAUCUGCUGCGCGAGGAGGAAGAGAUCGUGGACGCGCCAGGCAGUUCGCCACUCAUUACCAGUGGCGGUGGCAUCGAGUUCUCCAACGUGACCUUUGGCUAUUCGCCGGAGAAGAUAGUGCUGCACAACAUAAGCUUCACUGUGCCCGCCGGGAAGACAGUGGCCAUUGUAGGACCUUCUGGAGCUGGCAAAAGUACCAUCAUGCGUCUGCUGUUCCGCUUCUAUGAUGUGCAAACGGGAGCCAUUCUAAUUGACGGGCAAAACAUCAAGUUGGUGCAGCAGGAGAGCCUGCGAAAGGCCAUUGGAGUGGUGCCACAGGACACGGUACUGUUCAACAACACCAUUUUCUACAACAUAGAGUAUGCCAAGUUGGGCUCCAGCGACGAAGCCGUUUACGAGGCUGCACGCGCCGCAGACAUUCACGAAAGAAUCCUCGGCUUCCCGGACAAGUACGAAACGAAGGUGGGCGAGCGGGGAUUGCGACUCAGUGGAGGCGAGAAGCAGCGAGUGGCCAUCGCCAGAACGCUGCUCAAAUCACCCAUCAUUGUGCUUCUGGAUGAAGCUACAUCUGCUCUAGAUACGCACACGGAACGUAACAUUCAGGCUGCUUUGGCCAGAGUCUGCGCCAAUCGCACCACCAUCAUCGUGGCCCAUCGGCUGUCCACCGUCAUCCAUGCGGACGAAAUCCUGGUGCUGCAGCAGGGAAACAUUGCGGAGCGAGGCAGGCACGAAGAGCUCGUCCUGCGGGAGGAUGGCAUCUAUGCGGACAUGUGGCAGCAGCAACUGAAGAAUCUGGAUACGGAGCAAAGUGGCUCCGACAACGGAGACGCCAGUGCGGAAUCGGGAUCGGAGAAACGUAGCGGAGGAGGGGCUGGCGGCACCAGUGGUGCCAGGCCGAGUGGUGCUGGACCGAGUGGCGCUGGACCGAGUGGUGCUGGACCGAGUGGUGCUGGAACGGGUGGUGCCUACUUCAGGGCAGGACACGCUCAUGGGGGAGCUCGCUAGACUUAAGACACACACACAAAAUACUUUCUGUUAUUCCUGAUUCCAUGUGAUUUGUGGUGUAUUGUUAUACGUAGGAGAAGCUCGUCAAAGUCUAAGUUCGUCUUUAAGUAACCAAAUACGCUACUCUUAAAAUAAUAAAUAACAUAGAUUUUUAUAGACAAUCCGUGGCAGCAUA